AUGGAUUUAACGAAGUCAUUCUCGUUUGUUGUGCAGAAGAAAUGUCCCCACGUCACGGCGGAUCCGUCGGGGAUAUGGAUAUCGUAUCACCACUACUCCUACGAUGAACACAAUAUUGCUCUGUAUGACGAGACUGGACAUUUGCUCAAGUCGAUUGAAGUUCAGUGUCCUAUACGCAGAAUGGCGAGCGACAGAAACGGUCAUUUGUAUCUAGCAAGCGUUGAUGCACAAUGUGUGAUGGUGUUUGAUGUUGCUACUUCUGAUAUCAAAGAGUUGGCCCAUUUUGAUGGCUACCCGUCAGGGCUUGCAUACUGUGAAAAAGAUGACAGUCUAAUCGUUUGUGAUAAUGAAUGUCCAAGUUACUUUGCUUACGAGGGCGGUUAUGCCAGACUUGUAAAAUUCCAUCUCUCUACUCAUGAAUGUCAAGAGAGGAUUUUAAUACCCUGUGAAAAUCACCAUAAUUGCAUCAGCAACGUCGCUAUUGGAAAAAACGAAAGUCUGUGGACAGCUGACUACAUUAAUGACACGGUGUUUCAAAUGACGUCAGACGGACACGUGACAUUUUCUUAUAAUGGUCCAGCAGACGACACAGUUUUAAAUCCAUUGGACAUCUGCACGGAUAAACAAGGAAGGGUGUUCGUUAUCUGCACAUCUUCAAAAUGUGUUUACGUUCUCGGCGAGACUGGUCAACAUGAGGCAUCCUUAAGUUUGGAUUACAUGCCUUGUUCCGUGGAAGUGCACGGAGGAAGAAUAUGGAUCGGAGAAAUGGACGCUAACAAAAUUCACGUUUACACAUACACUGUAAAAUGA